CCGAUUCAUGCUUAUCUGUACUAACACCAGCCUCAAAUCACGCCCCCCCUCCCCUCCGCUGUGUGCAGGGGCUGAGGGGCAUCAUGCCUGCUCCCUAGGUACUGGGCUGGCAUGAUGAGUCCAUUGCAGAGCGGCCGCAUGUGCGUGUUUGCAGAGGGCUAGAACUUGCAUCAUCAGCAUUUGCCCCAGCGGUUUCCAAGCUGUUUCCAUCCGAGCCUCUCGCAGUUGCGGUUAAUCAACCUAACGAAUGUGCAGAAAUUUGCAGUCAGCCGGAACAUUUUAGGGGCUUUGAUCCUGGAUUGCAGAGGAAGUACCAGGAGGUGUGGCACAAUGACUUGUCAUACAGGGUCUUAGCAGCGUGGCAAGAUUUGGCUGUUUUUGAGCUGCCUCCCCUUUCCCAGUCCUUUUGCCCCUGGGAGAUCUGAACUGGCUCCCCCUGCCCUGGGCAUUCCCCUCCCUUCUCCCAUUUGCUGCAGAAGGGACAUAUCUGCUAUGGCCGGGGACAGACUUCCACGCAAAGUGAUGGAUCCGAAGAAGCUUGCCGGUCUUCUGAGGAGUGGGGCUGAAAGCACGUUGGUCAUUGAUAGCCGCUCCUUUGUGGAGUACAACUCCUGGCAUGUCCUCAGCUCUGUCAACAUCUGCUGUUCCAAGCUGGUCAAGAGGAGGCUUCAGCAAGACAAGGUAUCCAUCACAGAGCUCAUCCAACCGGCCUCCAAUACAAAGGUCGAGGCAGAAGAGCACCAAGAUGUGGUAGUCUAUGACCAGAGCACACGAGAUGCAAAUGGACUGGCAGCCGACAGUUUCCUCUCCGUUCUCCUUGGAAAACUGGACAGCUGUUUCCACAAUGUCUCCAUCCUUACAGGAGGGUUUGCCACCUUCUCAUCUUGCUUCCCAGGACUCUGCGAAGGUAAACCCACUGCCAUCCUGCCAAUGAGCAUCUCCCAGCCAUGCUUGCCAGUGGCCAACAUUGGCCCAACGCGCAUCCUGCCUCAUCUCUAUCUGGGCUCCCAGAAAGAUGUCUUAAAUAAGGACCUGAUGACUCAGAAUGGGAUCAGCUAUGUCCUCAAUGCCAGCAAUUCUUGUCCCAAGCCAGAUUUCAUUUGUGACAGUCACUUCAUGCGCAUUCCUGUCAAUGACAAUUACUGUGAAAAGCUCCUUCCCUGGCUAGACAAGUCCAUUGAGUUCAUAGAUAAAGCCAAGGUGUCCAGCUGUCAGGUGAUAGUGCACUGCUUAGCAGGGAUCUCCCGAUCAGCCACCAUUGCCAUUGCCUACAUCAUGAAGACGAUGGGCAUGUCUUCAGAUGAUGCCUACAGGUUUGUCAAAGACCGACGUCCUUCCAUAUCACCCAACUUCAACUUCCUGGGUCAACUUCUAGAGUAUGAGAGAAGUCUAAAGCUGCUCAAGGCUUUGAAGGCCCAAGGGGAGAAGACAGAAGGGGAAUUCCAGCAAGACCAAUAUGAAGCACAGGAAGGCAACAAACACCUCUCUACCUCAGAAAAGGCUGAGGAGGCAUUAAAAAGCACAAGCGUGGAAUUCUCCUCAGUUGACACUGAGAGGCCACCAGGAGUUCCCAAGGUUGUCUCGCCUACAAUGCUACAGCAAGGACUCAAGGGGCUGCACUUGUCUUCUGAGCGUAUCCAAGACACCAAUAGGCUAAAGCGGUCCUUCUCCCUGGAUAUCAAGUCAGCCUACUCUCCUAGCCAAAGGCAAGAUGCCCAAGAACCAACAGAGGCAGGAGAAACCCCCAAGCUUUGUAAGCUUGACAGCCCGUCAGGCCCUAAUAGUACAUGUCAAUUCUCUCCUGUUCCAGAUAGUCCAGACUGGCCUAGCAGUCCUGACUUCCUUCUAGAGGCCAAAGUACGACAGAGGCGGAAGCUCCGGCACCAGGCAGGCUCCCCUGCCCACGGGCUGAGCCUUAAUUUCAGUGGAAUGUGUGCUAUGCAUAAAAGCACCAGCAUGGAGGACAGUCUCAAGCAGACGCUUCGACUGAGCCUUCCCAGUGUGGGACAGCCGCUGGCACAGCCGGUUACCACCCCAACCUCUGCCGGAACUUGGGGGAUGCACUUGGAAUCCCCCAGCACCCCUUCAUCUGAGAAUCCCUGGUACUUCAGCACCGACUCAGCAGCAGGCAGCAAGGGCAGUGGGAGCGGGAAUUUGUUUGCCAGUGCUUCCACCUAUUCCUCAUUCAGCUGCAGCACAAUCCAGACAAGUUGUGAGAUCAGACUGAGGGACAAGCAGCGGGGGGAGCAGCGGGAUGUGCGGCACAGCUGGCACGAGGACAGCGCAGCCGAGAAGCAGUUCAAGAGAAGGAGCUGCCAGAUGGAGUUUGAAGAGACCUUGUCAGAGAGCAGGUCUCGAGAAGACCUGGGCAAAAUCAGCAAACAGUCUAGCUUUUCAGGCAGCAUGGAAAUCAUAGAGGUGUCCUGACAUUCGCCGUGGGAGCUCUGAGAAUAAGUGUGUGUGUGUCGGUCAGUGGGAUGGGGUGGGUGGGAAUACUGGCAAGAUAUUUAACUGGGGAGAAGCAAGGCAUGGGGUGGAAGUAUUAUUUAUAUGCCUGUAUGCAUUUCCAAAGUGCACACAUGCUAAAACGAAGGCAAAGCUAAAUGAAUCCAAAGUCAAGAAACAUAAUGGCGUAUGCUUAGUGCCCCCUUUUGCUCCUACCUCCACCACCAAAAUGAACCACAGCCACAUUACCUGAUUGGAGGGGGUGGGGGGAGGCGGUAUUAACUCUCUAAAUCCAUUAUUCUUUUGCAUGCAGGCACUGUUUUAUUUCCCUCAAGGGAAAAUGGAAAAGCUGAGGUUUGAUUUCAAAGAUGUGGUGGAAGAGAAGCUCGGGCAGAGCUAAACUCUUUCACCAAUCUAUACUCUCAAUCUAUACUCGUCUGGUGGUAGGUUAUUGUUGGAGCUACAAAUUUGCAUUGUGGGGAAGUUAAAGGGAAACAGGUUAUUUUCUUGUAAGAGGGCAUUACCCAUUGUUAUUAAUACAUUCCUAUCUUACCUAUAGGAAAUGACUGAUAUUUUGCCCAUACACUACUCCCGUUACAGAAAGGGAGUUCCCCUUCCAUUCCAUCUUGGUCAGACAUUUUAUACUGGUGGUUACCUCCUAGACUGGGAUGCAGAAACCUGGAGGAGCUGUUUUUUAACAGCUCUCCUUUCCCCAGCCCAUCACUGUCAUACUGAGCAUGCUCCUUUGUGUUUCUCUGGCUAGUGUUCUUUAAUGCUGCCUUACAGCAGCCCUAUACAUAUAUAAAUAUAUAUUAUAUAUAAUAUAAGAGAGAGAGAGAACACAAAGAAAAAAGUUUAAAUGAUUUUACUACAGUUUUUAUUGAAACAAAUGAUAUUUCAACUUUUUCUUUUAAUUUAUUUGAAGCUGUUCAUUCUGGCAAUGAUUUUCAGACAAUGUAGGGGAGGUACUUUCAGCUCUCUUUUUACUGUGUGUGGUAUUUAAAUCUGAAACACAAGUUUCAAAGCAAUAUCCUCGGCCUGCGGCUCCUUCUGUAGCUUACAUCAGUGAUGCAGACACCCCAAAAAGUGGGAUGAGAAAUCUUGUGUGUGUGUGUGUGUGUGCACGCUUGUGUGUGUGCGCUCUUUUAUUUAAAAAGAAAAGCAAGAAAAUCUUCAACAUAAACUGAGCCAGGAAUCCUUCUUAAUUCUUCUUUCUUACUUCCUAUUUCUAUUGCAUCUGCAAUCAAAGCCAUAAAAUGUUCCCCUUUCCUAGGUUGACGGGGGCAGCAGGGUUGUGCUUGCAAGGGCAGGCAUUUGCUUUGCUGUAAAAGGGAGGGGAGGAGGCAGCAGGCUGCAUUGGUAGAGUUGUGUUUAUGAAGUGUUCUGAAUUGCUCUCUUGAGCAUAUAAAGAUCGGGGUGGGUGGGGUGGAGUUGGAUUCCCAGGGGAUCAGUCCCUUUCAAGUAGCUCAGGCUAUCUCCUAGAUGAAUUAUAGUGACAAUAUAUCGGCUAUUCCUUGCCCUUAUGAAGGCUGGUGGUGGUGAUGGUGGCUUUGUCACGGCCGUUCAGAUGCUGCUGUUAUUUGUACAGUGUUAAAUCCAUCCUCAAGCAGCCUUUGAGGAAGGGGGAGAGCUGUGAGGGUACCCAAAAUCUGCAGAAAAGGGUGGCGUCAGCCAACUGAUUGCAUUGUGUUAUUCAGGUCCCACAAUAACAUUAAAUUAUGUUCUUCUUUAAGUUCCUUAGGGCUGCUUUAAGUUCCUUGGGGCUGCUGAAGGGCAGUGUCUGCUUGCUGCAAGAAUGGAGGUAAAACAUGAAUUAAUGCUCUGGUUCUCCAUGGAUCUUUCAUAGGGGGUUCCCCAAUCAGCCGUGAGAAAGAAGCCCAAAGGCAAAGCUGAACUAGCAGAAGACUGAGCGAAACAGCCUUUUGAGAUAGGAGGUUCUAGGAAGGACAAGUAGUAGUUCAUUCUCCAUUUCAUCCCACCACCUGCCCAGCAACCAUCUUCCCAGCCCUUAGAUGUGUUUCUUCAAAGAGGAGCAUGGAGACAUAUCUUGCUUGUCUUCUUUUUGAGAAUUGACAUUACUUGACUAGGCUUUUAUCCACAAAGGAAAUCUAGUUCUGUAAUUUCCACAUGAUUACCGCAUGGGGGAAUGCUUAGAUGGCAGAUAUCUUAAUGUACGGGUGAAAUGAAGGAGACAUUCAUCUAGCAGUUUUUAAAGAUGGGCACCAGUAGGCUGAAAUCGUAGCAGGAUUGGCCUGAGAUAUUUUGGCAUGUGAAGUAAAGAACUGAACUCCCCCUGAGAAUGAAAAAUAUAAUACAUUUUAAAAUGGAUCAUUCAUCACUCUUAAAUAGAAUCCUGCCACCUACAGGGCUGCCUCAUUCUACACUGUAAUAAGGUUGACCUUGACUGAGGAAAGACUUUGAAUUGCUUUCCAUUGGUUGCACAGUGGUGUACCUGCAGAAAAUGGUGCCCAGAGCAAGUACUGAAAUUGCUCCCCCUCCCCCAAAAUUGCACUCCCAGAAUGGGAUGGAGGGGAAGGUUGCCCUCAACCUCUUGCCUACUUAUCCGGCAGGCAGGUGGCGGACUGGCAGACUGUGCAAAGCAGCUCUCAUGGGGAAGGGUGGCCAAAUGCCCCCCCCAGGUGGCACUCAGAAAUGGUGCCUGGGGCAUUGGCCCCCUCUGUACCCCCCUAGGUAUGCCACUGUGCACAAAAGAGCAAAUCAAGCAUUUUGGCCCUAAUACAGAAGUCACUAGAAAUUGGCAGCCUCCCUUAGAGCAGAGACCUUUAUGUACUCCUAUGCAAAUAGGCCCAAUCACAUGGAAAGCCUAUAUCACAGCUGCUCAUAUUCUUGAUGGCCACUAACAUGAGCAGUGCCACAUGACUUGAGCUAUUCGUGAUGCAUAGUAAACAAAUACUACAGCCCCACAUAAGGCUACCAUAUGAAACAUUUUUUCAAAUAUCUCCAUUUGGGGAUCAUUUUGUUUCAACUGGCUAUCAAUGGUACAAGAUAUGGUUCGAAAGCAAGAGCUUCAGAUAAGCAAAUCACACAAAUGUUGGUAAUUCACUCACUGCCAAGGAACGUCUCAACCAGGACACAAAAGUGGGAGUGGAUGAUUUAUGUUUUCACUGCUGGCCACACUGAACUUUUUCAUCCCUUCUGAGCAGUAGCAGAGGCAUUAGUUCAAAGCCUACAUUACCCAGACUCUGCAACCCUGCCCCACAUUUGGGAUGCAGGCACCAUAUGCUGUCUCUCAAAAAAGCUGAAGCACAUUUUUUUCUCUUUGUGUUGCUGAUUUUGCGUUUUCUUCUUUCGUAUCGUAUGCUGGUUUUUGAGCCAAUACCUCAGGGUUUUGUGUGUAACUUUUAAACAGAAAAAAAAAUUCAAUUCAUUUGUUUUCCCAUUUUCUUUCCUGUUUAAUUUUAGUCUUGGUUUUAAAAUAGUCCUACACAAGAUUUUUAAAAUCUCAGGUUCAAAAACAAACACAAACCACAGGGAGCAGCAAUAAUAUGUUGUUGCCUCAAAUUGUCUGUUUUCUGACUAGUAACUACUGUCUGUACACUAGAGAGAAACAAGAGUCCUGUUAGACUUUUCGUAAUAGUUGCUUUGUCAAGAUAUGUUCAAAUUAGACGCUGCAAGCUCAGAAGUGAUCCGCUUGGACCUAUAUAAUGUUUUGGGAUUGGUGUGGCAAAGGACUGGGGGGCCAGUUAGCCACCUAUGUUGAGAUUUGAAUCCAAGUUUUUAUUGCUUUCUGUUGGAUCUCACUUAGUGUUCAGAGACAAGAGCAUGUCUUUUGGACCCAGAGAAGUGCAUUUGAAGUAUGAAGUGCACAGUGGUCCCAUACAGUGACUAAUAGAUCAGAAUCCAAUUACAUCCCUAAUGCCACCUAAAUUUUAUGAAAGGAUAGUUCAGUUGUGUUGAGGGGCACCUCAUUAUCUUGAGUAUGUUUCUCUAGUUCUAAUUGUUCUCCAUAUAAAUGAGAAAAUUGUCUAUUCAACUCUAUUUUUAAAAAGCACAAUUCACCCUUCAGUAGAUUUUCAGCUGGUAGUCACAGUACCUUUAUUUUCUCCCUUCAUAACUUACAUUAUUGCAGUUGUUACAGGUGGAACUCACACUUCCUCUAAGGAGCUCAGGGCAGUGUAUAUGGGGUGACUCCAGUCAAUCAUCACAACAGUUUUGCUAAGAGUCCCUCAUACAUCAAAUUUUACUGUAUGUAGGAUUUGGACAUGGUCAGAAACCCAAUGACUGCCCUUGCAGUCAAGCCUGAGGCCUGCCACGUUAAACACCCAAACCUCAGCUUGCUUGCAUAACCCUAGGAAAUUCCAUGUUCAACUUUAAACAGGUCCAUAAUGGCCAUGUUGGUCCAUUAAAAAUUACUGUUUGUAUCUGUUCUGUGCCUCUUUUUCUGUGAAACUAUCAGGACAGGUGCUUGGUAGAGCAAUGCUUUGCCCUUGGGAAAUGCUUAUAGAAAUGACCUGGGAAAUCCUACCUCAUUUCAGCAGCCACAACCUCUUUGGCUGUGACACUGAGCACUAUUGCCUUGAUCCUAAACCUCUGCCUCUGAUGCUAUUGUGAUAUUACUUCAAUGCCAGCCUGAUUUGUACUAUCCCAGUUUUCAUCAUCGGCCUAUGUCUAUAUUCUUAAUUUACAACUUUUAAAAUCCUCUUUUGAAUCCCAGAUUUGCACUCCUACAUAGGCCCUACUAAAACGUUGGCAACCUUACGAACCUCUUCUGCAUUACAUAUUUAGCUACCAUUAGGGGAGAGAAUAUAUUUGAAUAUAGACAUUUCUCUAAAGAUAGAUGUUAAAUACUGUUAUCUUUAAAAACGCAAAUACAAGUGGGAAUAUCAGUGUAGAUGGGGAUGAUCAAUGGUUGCUUAAGCAGUGACUACUUUCUGCCAUUUGGGGAAAGUAGCUCCUUUGAGCCAGUGUAAGAUCAAGUUUGCCUUUUCUCUAGCCUCUGUGCUUGAAAAGGAAUGGACAGUUUUACCUCAUCCUGUUUUAGUUAUCUUACCUUUAGGUAACUACAUAGCAGGGAUUAAUCUCCCAUUGGUUUCAAGUGAAAAACAUAAGAAUAGCCCAGUAUCGUUGUCUAACUGAACUUAGACCUCCACAUUGUCUUCAGUGACAUUCAAGUUAAGGCUUAGAUUACACUGCGUUCUUCCUGGGAAUUUUUUUGUUACAGUUUAGCUCCCUAGUUCUUUCAACCAGCACAUUUACUCCUAAGUUCUAACCUCUGGCCCACAGUAGAAUUGUUUUCUCUCUUAAUAGCAGUAUGAAUAGCUGCAGCAGCAGGACAGACUCAAAGGAUUUCAAAUAGGUUAUGUCUUUGGACAAUCAGAAUAAUUUAAGAAGAUUUGAUUCAUGAAUUGCUGUGUGGCCAGUCUGCCAGAAUGCAAGUGAGGAGUUUGUGCUUUAAGGAAGGAACAACAACAAAUCCUCAACCUGGUCUUGAGUAGAAUACCAAUGAUACUGCUUACAAUAGCUUUAAAACAACUCCAUGUAGGAACAAGCUCUAUAUAAGGCUGCAUGUCUGUGAGUUGGAGCAAACUGGAGUUGACAACACUGAUCUCAAAACCCAGGUCCAGAGCCGAUCUUACAAUAAAGCAACAGGCAGCAGUUUGCUCUGGGUAGAAGUUCUAGAGACAUGUUUGAGCAAGAUUCUACUCCAGUAGCACCUUUAAUGACCAGCACAAUUUCUAUGGUAAAGAUUUUUGAGAGUCAAAGCUCCCUUUGUCAGACAUAAGUGGGAAUCUCAAAAGUUUAUACCCUGGAACUCUUGUUGGUCUUUAAGUACUCCUGUACUCCAGUCUGGCUCUUCUAUUUCAGACCAACAUGUCUACCCACCUGAAACAUGCCUUCAGAUAAGUGUUAUUUUCCUGCUUCUAGCCUCCAUGUCUGUAUGCUGAUUGUUGCUUUUUUAAUGACUUGAGGGUGGUAUGCCAUUUCAACAUUUUACUUCUGUGACAAAAUCCUCUAACACAACACCACCCAGGUCUUGCGAGGUGAAUUUCUGGCUUGCAGCACCUUUUUUCUUGUCAAAAUAAGGUUGAAAGUUUUUUUUUAAUCUAAGCUGAUCCCCCCAAUGUGUUCUUUUUACUGUUAUUUCUAGUUUUAUUUAUUAUUUCAUUUCCCUGUGUUCCUCCCUGUAGCCAUGUGCUCUUGUCCUCUCCUCUGUUGAAUGCCAAUCCCUUAAAAGAAGAUCGUUUCUGCCUUCCUCCUGCUCCUUAAUGCUAAUGAUAAUAAGCUAUCAAUGUUGUAUUUGCAAUGUAUGAAUUAUAGAUUUAAGUAUUUAUUAUAUUAUUAUUAUUAUUAUGUAAUUUUGCUUCUGUGUAUGUUGAUAUUUGUUUCAUUGUUGUGAGUGCGUGCAGACUUUUCCCCAUCUCUAUGUGCCCGUUUGCCUCUCCUGAUUCCAAUCAUAGGUUAUGAUGGCUGGUCUGUACUGUGGCAGGCUUGGUCUUCAAGUGUCUUGGUCAGGAUGAAGUGGGAAAGCCUAUUACUAUGGCAGACAGGGAGAUGAAGAGUCUUCAGUGUCCUACCACACACAGAAGUCUUCUCAACUCCAUGGAUAUAUGUUGGGUACAGUUUAUAAAUACUUAUGAAUGACUUUAGGAGAUACUGAAACAGCAGAUUCCAGGUUUCUCUUUCCUAGAGCAUGUCUAUAAUGUUAACCAGUUCUGAUGCAAAAAAAAAUAUUCCACAAGAAACCCAAGAAAUGGCAGGCUGUCUUUCUAAGGAGGGUAAGAAAUGUACACAAUCCAUAUUUCUUAAUUAGUCUAAAAUCUGCAGCUACUUGCUGUCUGGGGGAACUUGCUUGUUUAGUAGUCGGAUUAUCACACAUGAAGUAUAAAGCAGGUUUUAUUUCAGUUGAUAGUUAAUGCAAAUGUAAAAUCUCCAUUGGACCAGAUUUUCACUUGCAUUGCAAGUGCCUCUCUUUCUGUUCCAUGUUGUGAAUUAUCAAAAAUGUAUGUAAGCAAAAGAGAGAUUCAAAGCUGACAAGUAAGCUGACAGUCUUACUCAUUUUUGUACAAUUAUUUCCAGGUCAGUUUGCAUUGGAUUGCAACCCUAAUUAUAAAACUAUUAGCUUUAGGUAUUUUUUAAGAGCCUGUUGCAGGUUAUAGAUAAAUCUCUUAGUUCUGGAGCAUUUUUGAUCACCUGUAAGAACUAAGACAUGAUGCUGUUGAAUCACAUGAUGCUGCUGUAGGAGUAGGUUCUUCAAGUUUCCAUCUUGCAUCCUAUGUUGUUCAUGGAAACUGGGUUAGUAGAAGCUGCCAUAGGUAUCUUGAGGUAUGAUCUGAUUAAUGGCAUCUAACAUUACUGUAUUACUGAUUGUGGAAGCAAAUGCUUUCCCUUCCCAGCAUUAGAAACAAACAUUGGUGUUACUGAAUAAAUUAAGUGAACAAAACAUAUUUGACUUGGUCCCACCUGCAACCUGUAAGUGUUCCAUCAAGAUGCCCAAACAGGCUUCUUAGCAAGACAUAUAUAUCACCUUCCUGCCACAGUACUAGCUUGUCAACCAGGACAGGAAUCAGUUUAAGAUGAGGUACUACAGAACAGCCAUCAAAUAGAAUGUGUAUGUUUGCAAUUUUUUAAAAAAGGUGGGAAGAGGAAAUGCGGAAGAAGGUCUUUAUGUUGCAGGACACAGUGUUUAUUUAUUAUUGCUCAGAAUUCUUUUGGAAGGAGUAGAAAAACCCAUCUUCUCAGGAGGCGUGCAUUGAAUUCUUCAUGGUCCCUUGUCCACCAAUCCACAUUUUUAAUCCACUUCUCCUAUUUAGCAAAUGCUCAUGGACAAAGAUUUAUUUGGGGCAGAAGUAGAACUGAAUGUCCUGUUUUGUCAAGAGACCUCACACAACAAGAUGAUCUGAGACUGGGCAGUUCCUUCGCAAGCAGCGCCAUUAGGAAGGGGACUGUGUAUGAACACCUGUAUGUUCCUAAAAUGAAUUCUGAGUACUGUCCAGGGUUGGGUGGGUGGGGGAAAGACAUUUUGCAUCUGGUCUGUGGGUCUGUUCCCUCUCUCAUGAGUCAUGAUAACCAAAAUGCACCUCCUUCUGCCUGCUAAAGGAGUGCUGACAUUGGAUGUUGCCUGGCAGGACAGAGUGGAGCACUCUGUCCUUGCUUCUACUUUAUUUAUUACUGGAGGCUGUAAACAGCAGUGCUUUUUUACCCUCUCUUUCUUUUCCUUUCUUUUGUAUUUGGGAACAAUGUGUUGUAAUAAAUUCCUAAUAGAUGUUUUAA